AUGCCACCAUCCUGUGUCAGAACAAGACCACCAGAAUUUUGCCCAAUUUGUGCUAGCUACUUGACCAUCUCACCCCGUCCCGCCGAUUCAGCCCAGGGAUUUCGAAACUACUUUACUUGCCGAGCAUGCCCAUACAUAUAUCCGGUGUCAGAAAGUGGUUAUUCCGCCGACGAUGAACCUGUCGUCAACAAGGCUGUCACCAACAAGCCUGCUACCAACGACCCUGCCGCCAACAAGCCUGUCCCCAAAGAGCCUAUCACCAAAGAGCCCGUCUAA